AUGGCAUACAAUAAGUGUCAAACAAAUAGCAACAAUAAUAGUAACCAACUGUUGUUGUUGUCUUCAAAUGGCAAAUGGUUUCAAACCUAUUGGUUUAAAUCAUUACCGAAUCGGUGGCCAACAACAACAAUACGAUCGGCCCAUACUAUCAUCAAUGAUGAUGACAUUGAUAUCGAUAGCGUUAAGUUCCAGUGCGACCAAUCAGUUGUCCAAAUAAUGGUACCGUCACUAAAUGAUAACCAGAAAAUAGUUGGAAAUGGUAGCGGAUUUCGGUUGAAAGCCAUGGAAAUGUCUAUUAUUACUAAUGCACAUGUAGUCCAAGGAAGUCAUUUAAUCCAAUUGAUUAUGUAUUUUGAUGGUUGGCUUGAGUUGCUAUUGCCGGCUUCGGUAGUCUAUUGUGAACCGCACCGGGAUCUGGCACUGAUUCAGCUAAUGAAUCCGCGAAAAGAUUAUUUUCGCGCCCAACCGUUCGACACCAAGACAACCGAUAUUUUUGGCAAACCAGUGGCCAGUAUUGGUCCGACACAGACCGCAGGCGAAAAAUCGUGUCAAUCGGGUAUUAUACAGACAACGGGUAUUACUGUUCGGCAACAACAGUGUGGCCAAUCUGGACAUAUAUAUCCAUCGUUUAUUGACGACAACAGGUGUCCACUCGUACAACAUUCGGCACCCAUAUUACACGGCUAUUCGGGUGGUCCGGCCCUGACAUCCGAGGCCAAUGUUAUCGGCGUUCAGCUAAUGGUUUCACUUAUACAGGAUUUUGCUUUUGCCAUCACUUGCACCGAUAUAUUAGAUUUUAUUGAAAAUAGUAAACGGUAUGCAAAUAGUCUAAAUGUUAGACAAUUGAAUCGCACAGUAGGCUAUACAUUGAGACCGGGAUUGAAAUUAGGACUUAUUAUAUUCAAUACUAUUGAUGACAAUAAUACUGAUCUGAUAAUUGAUAAUACAUUACCCGAAUCCGUGAAUUAUAAAUUUAUUGGCCAUCAAAUUUCGGAUACAAAUAUCCAACAAAUAGCUAACAAACUCAAUGGUCUAACCCGUGAUAACAAUAUUAUUGCAUUGACUAUGAGGUCUAUGGCGGACACUACCAACCAAUCGGAGUUAAUGUCGAUGACUGCCAUUGAUUAUACUCAACAAAAUUUACCCAUUAUUUUCUAA